CCGGAGCACCGAUAGAUUGUUCCAUGCAAGGCUCCUAAGAGCAUUUCCCUCUCAUCUGGGCGGUGGAAGGCAGCGUUUGGAGACAGAAGCCGGAGUUAAUGGUUAAAACACGCACGUGCAACUCUUCGGGCGGCUCCGCGGCCUGAUACCCAGGGUGAGACGCGGGUGAGUGACCCGCGGCGCCGGGCGGGUGGCGGUCAGUGCGGUGCAGCGGCGGCCGGCCUCCGCCUGCCCCUCCCUCCGCCCUGCGCAGCAGCCUGGCGUGUUUUCAGCAGCAUCGUCGCCGGAUUUUCGUGGACUGCGCACCUGCCCUUGUCAAGAAUGAGACGGGCAGAGAAGGAGAAGAGGUGAGCGAGAAAACAUAGCGGAGCCGCAGUGAGCGCUACCUGCCCGAGCUUGCUGUGGACAGCCCAGCCCAGACGCGUGGCCCAGCCCAGGCCCCCCUCGGGCCGCCCUCACCAUGUCCAAGAAAGGCACGGGCAGCAGAGGCAAGGGGGACAAGGCGGAACUCCUCGCUGCUCUGCAGGCUGCCAACGAGGAGCUGCGGGCCAAGCUCACCGACAUCCAGAUCGAGCUGCAGCAGGAGAAGAGCAAGGUCGGCCGGGUGGAGCGGGAGAAGAACCAGGAGCUGCGGCAGGUGCGCGAGCACGAGCAGCACAAGAACGCCGUGCUGCUGACCGAGCUCAAGACGAAGCUGCACGAGGAGAAGAUGAAGGAGCUGCAGGCUGUGCGCGAGGCGCUGCUGCGACAGCACGAGGCCGAGCUGCUGAGGGUCAUCAAGAUCAAGGACAACGAGAACCAGCGGCUGCAGGCGCUGCUGCACGCGCUGCGUGACGGCGCCCCCGACAAGGCCAAGAUCGUGCUGCUGUCCGAGGCGAAGGAGGAGGCCAAGAAGGGGUUUGAGGCGGAGAAAAUAAAAAUGCAGCAGGAGAUCUCGGAGCUCAAGGGGGCCAAGAAGCAGGUGGAGGAGGCGCUGACCAUCGCGGUCCAGGCCGACAAGAUCAAGGCCGCGGAGAUCAGGAGCGUGUAUCACCUCCACCAGGAGGAGAUCUCCCGCAUCAAGAAGGAGUGCGAGCGGGAGAUCCGCAGGCUGAUGGAGGAGAUAAAACUGAAAGACAGAGCAGUCUUCGUGCUGGAGAGAGAGUUAGGGGCCCAAGCCGGGCAUGCUCAGAGACUGCAGCUCCAAAAAGAGGCUCUCGAUGAGCAGCUGUCCCAGGUCAAAGAGGCUGACCGGCACCUGGGCAGCCCCAGACGGGAACUUCCUUAUGCAGGCGGUGCAGGAGACGCCUCAGACCCCUCGGGAAGCCCUGAACAGCAGUUGGACGAAAAGGAUGCUCGGCGCUUCCAACUUAAAAUUGCUGAGCUGAGUGCGAUCAUUCGGAAGCUGGAGGACCGAAAUGCCUUGCUGUCGGAAGAAAGGAAUGAGCUGUUAAAGCGCUUAAGGGAAGCUGAGAGUCAGUACAAGCCGUUGUUGGAUAAAAACAAACGCCUUACUCGGAAAAAUGAAGAUCUGUCCCACACUUUACGUCGGUUGGAAAACAAGUUAAAAUUUGUCACGCAGGAGAACAUAGAAAUGAGACAAAGGGCCGGGAUCAUCAGGAGACCCAGCUCCUUAAACGACCUGGAUCAAAGUCAAGACGAGAGAGAAGUUGACUUUUUGAAACUUCAAAUUGUGGAGCAGCAGAACCUCAUAGACGAGCUUUCUAAGACCCUUGAAACCGCUGGCUACGUGAAGAGUGUGCUCGAGCGAGAUAAGCUUUUAAGAUUUCGGAAGCAAAGAAAGAAAAUGGCCAAACUCCCCAAGCCGGUUGUGGUGGAGACCUUCUUUGGAUACGAUGAAGAGGCUUCCCUGGAAUCCGACGGCUCUUCCAUCUCUUACCAAACGGACCGGACGGACCAGACCCCGUGUACCCCCGAUGACGACUUGGAGGAGAGCGUGGCCAAGGAGGAGACAGAGCUGAGGUUCCGGCAGCUGACCAUGGAGUACCAGGCCCUGCAGAGGGCCUAUGCUUUGCUGCAGGAGCAGGUCGGAGGGACACUGGAUGCAGAGCGAGAAGUUAAGACCCGUGAGCAGCUGCAAGCAGAGGUGCAGAGAGCCCAGACGCGGAUAGAAGACCUGGAACAGACCCUGGCCGAGCAGGGGCAGGACAUGAAGUGGAUUGAGGAAAAGCAAGCGCUGUAUCGAAGGAACCAAGAGCUUGUGGGGAAGAUUAAACAAAUGGAAAUAGAAGAGGGUCGGUUAAAACACGAGGUCCAGGAUGCGAGGGACCAAAACGAGCUGCUGGAGUUCCGGAUCCUGGAACUCGAGGAGAGGGAGAGGAAGUCUCCGGCCAUCAGCUUCCGCCACACCCCCUUCGCAGACGGGAAGAGCCCCCUCCAGGCCUACUGCGAAGCUGAAGGCGUGACGGACAUCCUGGUCACGGAGCUGAUGAAGCAGCUGGACAUCCUGGGGGAUAACGCCAAUCUGACCAACGAGGAGCAAGUGGUCAUCAUACAAGCUAGGACAGUCCUGACCUUGGCUGAAAAGUGGCUCCAGCAGAUUGAAGAGACGGAGGCGGCCCUGCAUCGGAAGAUGGUUGACCUAGAGAGUGAGAAGGAGCUGUUCAGUAAGCAGAAGGGCUACCUGGAUGAGGAGCUGGACUACCGGAAGCAGUCCUUGGACCAGGCUCACAAGCACAUUCUGGAGCUGGAAGCCAUGCUGUACGACGCCCUGCAGCAGGAGGCCGGGGCCAAAGUGGCCGAGAUCCUGUCAGAGGAGGAGCGUGAGAAGCUCAAGGCGGCCGUGGAGCAGUGGAAACGCCAGGUCAUGAGUGAGCUGCGGGAGCGGGACGCCCAGAUCCUGCGGGAAGGGGAUUUUCCUCCUUUAAUCUUGCAGAGAAUUAAAGAGUUAGAAGAAAGAAUAGAAGGUCAGAAGAGGCAGAUAAAGGAACUGGAGGAAAAGUUUCUAUUUUUGUUCUUAUUUUUCUCCUUAGCUUUCAUUCUGUGGUCAUAGCUCGCCUGGCCCCGACACGCCCCCAGAGGAGCCAGACCCCUUUCCUCCAGCUGGACCAGAGAGCAGCGGGUGCCCGGGUGGCCAAACAAGGCGCCCCAUCCCGUCGAGGAAGAGGGAGAAAGG